AUGAGCGCCAUGGAAGACAAAAUCCUGUGGAUUGGAGGCACUUCGAGCCUGACCCGGACAUUUGUCAACUGUCAGUUGUUGAACCCCAAGAGAUUGGUACUGGUUGGUCUGGAAUCACGAGCGCCCGAUUGGAUACCCCCGUCUUCUCGAUACAUCAGCUUCAACUUGGCCACUGCCACUGAUGAACAAGCCAGAGAUCUGGUUCAGUCCAUUAUUAAUGACGUUUCCUGUAUCGUUAUUGGUGUACGCCCUCUCUUGUUCGCACCCUACACUCAAACUGAUCUGCCACAAAGAAUGCUACAAGGUGUUGAGAAGUUGCUAGAGCAAGCAUGCCACCAAGAAGCUUCCAAGCUCAAGUUGGUGUUGCAUGUGUCUUCUGUGGCGGCAAUGGACCAUCUGAGAACGCAGCAUUUUGUCUCGGAAGCAGAGGAUUAUCCACCAAUAGUCGAAUACAAGGCUUCCUAUGACAAAUUCAAGAGACUCUGUGAAGAACGCAUCACCAGUAUUGUCGACAAAGCCAAUCAAGGUAGAAAUACGGCAAAAAUAUUGGUUUGCAACUUCCGAAUCAGUGCCAUUUUCUCGGAUGAAACAUCCUGUUUUCAGUGCACUGCCAUAAAUCUACAAGCUCGUGUGAGUUGCUAUGUAGAUCAUAAAAUUGAUUGCAAUUCGAGUGUCAACGUUUCCAGAGCCAUGUAUGCUGUGAUGGAAAGAGCCUCAUCCAACAACCAAGAAGGAACCAACAAAAAGAUUCAGCCAGUUUACUACUACACCAGACCACUUUCCUUGAAACAACCAGUUGCCUGGGGCUACUAUUUGCAAUUAUUCCGCAGAGUGCAUCAAAUGGAGUACACUUCCAUCUGGAUUCCCGUAGAUAUUGGCUAA